AUGUCAACGCACCAUGGGUACCUGAACGAGUUUCCCUUCAUUCGGGUCGAUAACUUCGACGGCGACACGAACUGCUACGGCAAGAAGCCCCACUUCUACCUCCUGACGCAUGCGCACACCGACCACAUCCGCGGUCUCGACUCGCCGACGUUCAAUGGCCAGAUUUUCGCGACGGCCGUGACGAAGAAGCUUGUUCAGGAGACGAUGAUCACCGCGUACCGAGUCAGGCUCGAGGAGAUGGCCGAGCGGAACGUCGGGAAGAUGAGGAAGUUUGCCAACCUUUGCUCGGUCAGGCCAGGCGGGAAAGGGAGAGGCGCAGGCAUGGACAAGAUCAAGGUGCUCCCGCUCAACACGCCAACUCAGCUGUCCGGUCCCGAUGGCUUCGUUACAGUUACCGCGCUCGACGCAAACCACUGUCCGGGUUCCGCAAUGUUCCUCAUCGAAGGCGAGGUCAAGGGCAAAUUCCGCUCCUGCCUCAUCACCGGCGACAUCCGCAUCGAGCCCUGGUGGCUCGAAGCGCUCAAGCACAACCCGAUCGUCGCUCCCUACAUCCCCUCCCACACGAAGACUGGCACUGCCAGGUCACCCAGGACGCUCGACUGCAUCUACCUCGACACGAGCUCGGUUUUGCUUACCGAUGAGCUGCCUACGAAGGACGAGGCUGUAGCCGAGGUGAUCGCACUCAUCGAGCAAUACCCGCCCGAUACUCGCUUCUUCCUCAACGCCUGGACGUGGGGAUACGAGGAGCUGCUCAAGGGCGUCCACAAGGCUUUCGGCGAAACCAUCCACCUCGACUGGUACAAGUACCGCCUCUACACCUCCUCAGCUUUCCGCUCCUGCGACCCGCUCCUCGCGACCCUCGGCACAACCUCCUCCUAUCCUUCGUCCUCGUCAACAGCGCCCGAACCUUCACCCUCGCUUCACGCCGGUCAAGUCGCUACUUCUGCCGAAAUCUCGGCACCCGAUUCCGCGAGCACUCCGCCUCGACCACUCCGAUUCCAUGCCUGCGAGCGGCGCUGGAAGUGCGACCACGUGUGGAACGACGGGCUCGGCUGUUUCGCAUGGGACGAAGGGGCCAUGGACGCCCUCAGAAGUCCGAAGAAGCUCAAGCGGCCUGGCAGCGGCGAGGUUUUGCCUGAGGAUCGGGCGAAUGGCGGUGCGAGGGUCGUCUAUGUCAACCCGAGCGAGAUGCCGAGAUGGAGGUGGGAAGCGUACAAGGAGGACGUCACGAAGAAGAUCGAGACGUGGAAAAAGCGACAGGAGAUUGAGCGCGGGAAGGGGAAGAAGCGGGCGCGAGGAGACCACAUCGAGAAGGCGGAGCUUCCGAACGCCCUUAUCAUCCCUCUUGCGCGACACUCCUCGUGCCCCGAGCUGCAAUCUCUCGUCGCCCUCUUCCGCCCGCAAACCGUGUAUCCACUUACUUGCACCGACGACGACCCUGACUCGCCCGCGCACCAGUACAUGACUCUCCCCUCGAUGUUCGGCGACCUCCUGGCACCCGGAGGCGACGAGCAGCUUCGCGAGGAAGCGAGGCGGUAUCGUCGUGCGGUCAAGAAGAAGCGAGGUAUCGUCGCGCCGAGUUCGGCUGGCCAGGACGAUCCUCUGCAGGAGUGCGGGCUCAUUGAGCCGAAGUGGGUGAGGGAGAUGACCCUGAAGGGCUUGAACCUUGAGGGACCGUUCGAGGUCGUCAAGGAGGUCGGAUUCUGGCUCAAGAGGCUCGAGAAGGAUCAGUGGACGCCGAGUCGCUGUUCGAUACAGGCGCAGGCUUGCCUUGAGCUCAUCAAAGCGGCGCCCAAGAACCCGACGGAAUCAGCAAAGGCGCCGAGCGAGACGGUAGUACUGUCGGACACGGAGGACGAGGAGAUGCCGCCGCCGAAGAAGCGCAAGACCACGUCCGCCAAGCAGCUACCAGGGCCAGCGCUUGCUCGGCAGCUCUCGUACGGCGAGACAUCGUCGGCAUCUCGUCAACCGCCCGUUCUUUCGACUCCGGUCGUUCCGCCUACGGCGAGUCGCUCAAGUCGUCAAUGCACGCCUGAGCUCGCCGCGCCAGUUCGCCUCGAAUCACCUCUGUCCAUCGGCCCACCUCUGCGGAAGUCGGUCACGUUCGCCUCGUCGCCCACGUCUCGGCCGCUGGACAGAAAGCAGGUCGCUCACUCGGCGAGCUCGGCUCCAACAGGCAGCCUCGGGUCUUCGCCGGACCCCUCGCCACUCUCUCGCGACAUGGCGGCAAGCGCGAACAUACUCGAACCUGCACAACCUGCCUCGGCUACUCCGCCGAACCGCUCUCAUGCCGCCGGCCUUCUGCCGAUCGUUGCUCACGCAGCGCCCGAGUCCGCGGAGACUACCACCGCGUCGAAGACGGAAGUACGCCCAUCCAGCGCGACUCGAGAGCGUCGGCGCACCGUCGAGGCCUGCCUCCUACGCAAGAUGCGAGGGCUUCUCUGCGAAGGAGGCAAGAUUGAGCCUUUCGUCGCAGGCGAUCCGCGACUGCAGGGUCGCAAGCCACUUCGCCGCUUCGUUCUCCUUGCCCUCGCAACUGUUCAUGGAGGCGAGGGCAAGGAGAACGAAGCGGCGGAGCCGAAGAAGGGCAUCUCUGACUCGCCAUCUUCCUUCCGCACCGUCGCGCCGAGCACUAGUCCGCUUGCUUAG